UUGCUCAGGGCUCCACCUCUCCCUAUGGAAUUAGUUACUUAGAUAGGUAACUGGAAAAACGUUCAGAGCUUGACGCAGUCUCUCUCCAAAAACAAACGGGCUAAGGGGAACAUCUUUGAGUUUUCAAAGAGGUGGGGUAACGCCCCUUAUCCCCAACAUCUCUCACUAUGUCCCUCAUAACAGCAUUGGCCAAGCCCUCAGACCCCUGGUGGACUAGACAAAUCCGUAACUUCCAUAGGGGCACUGUGGCAAUGGUGGGCACCUCUAAGAGUACCACCAAGUCAACAUCAGAGUUGCCACAGUCCUCUCCGGUAAUGCGUACUGCUCCCGCACUCCAAAGCCUCGCCAAGCUCCUCAGUGUUACUCAAAGACCAGAUCAGGAGAUUCUCCAGGUGCCAGGAAAAAGGCUCUGGCCAGCUGGCUUGCCAGUGGAGAUCCCAAGACACUUGCUCCACCUCGGGCCAUGGGCAUAUGGUUGUGGGGUCAGCACAGGAGGGCUGCGGGCCUUCUCCUCCUCUGCAAGGCUGUGUGCAACUCCUCCAGGGUGCACCUGUGGGGAACAGAAUGUAACCCCAGGCGGCCAAAGCACUAAAUGCCCAGUCCAUGACUCAGGAAGAGCUUUACCGGCUGGCCUGGAAGGGGCUCAGCUUGCUAUGGGCAUGUGGUCAGUGGGCCUUGGAGCAGUAGGUGCAGCCAUCUUCGGCAUCAUCCUUGCUAACACUGACCUCCUGCUAUCCAAUCCAGAAAUGGCCAAUGUGGAGUUCCUGGCGGACGCUGACCUGAAGAGCACCACUGAUGACUCCCAGAGCAUCAAGGCUAAAACGCUGUGGAAGAAGUCUGGUGCGGUGAUCAUGGCCGUUCGACGGCCUGGAUGAUUUUUGUGCAGAGAGGAGGCCGAUGAGCUGUCCUCUCUGAAGCCCCAGCUUGAGGAGCUUGGGGUCCCUCUCUAUGCCGUUGUGAAGGAGAACAUCGACACAGAGAUCCAGGACUUCAGACCGCACUUCGCUGGGGACAUCUUUCUGGAUGAGAAGAAAUCCUUCUAUGGCCAGGAGCCGAGGAGGAUGGGUGGGCUGGGCUUAUUCCGUGUGGGGGUGUGGCAGAACUUUGGGCGCGCCUGGAAAGCAGGUUACCAGGGCAACAUGAAAGGAGAGGGCUUCAUCCUGGGUGGGGUGUUCGUCAUUGGAUCAGGCAACCAGGGCAUACUUCUGGAACACCAGGAGAAGGAGUUUGGGGAUAAGGUUGACAUCGCUUCUGUAUUAGAGGCAGCUAAGAAAAUUGUGGUUGAGAAAUAGAGGAAGGUGUGGAGCGAGUAGUAUUUAUGAACCAAAACCACCGCUUGUAUGAACCAAGUUAGUUAGGUAGACCUGGGUGAUGAAGGAACGUCCAUCUUGGGGGAUAAAAGUGCACUCAGUGAUCCAAGCAUGUAUUUAAUAAUUACUACAAUAUUUAAUCUGCACAUGUUACUUACCUCUAUGCUCAUCUCUCACCCAUCAACACUGUGUACAUGAAGAAAAUGUCUUUAUCUGUGGAGUAAAAAGGGACCACUGCAGCUCCUACAACUGCCCUGGUAUGGUACUGAGUUAUUGUUGGGGAAAGGGAGCCAGUUUGUCACCCAUUGCUAUUUCCCUUUGGGCUUAAAUGGCAGUUGGUCACAGAACUGGCUGAGUUACUUCACUAGUUACUUUCAUCGACUUGACUGCACUUUAUGAGCCAACCCCAGCCAUCCGCUGCUUCCUCCAUUGACCUGUGCUCCCGGAUGUCUGCGCUGCGGCUGCGUGCUGUUGGGCCUCCCCCGGCUGUGUCAUAAUGAUAGCUUGCCUGGAAACUCCAGCAGGAGAAGGCAGGUUUGAGAACCGACACAGCCGGGCACCGCUGCUCAGCACGCAGGCGGUACCGCAGUCAUCAGGUCGUCUGUGUUAGGUGUGUGAUUACUACUCAACAAUAAAACACCUCAUGAAA